GGGCGCCCAACGAUGACAUCAUCAUCGUGCUGCGCUGCCUGGACGCCAUGCUGACGCGGCGCAGGAAGCAGGUGACGCUGCAGCGCGCCAUGGCCUUCGCCAAGCGUCUGAGCGCGCUCAGUCUGCACGUGCUGCCCAACGCCAGCGUGGGCCUGCUCGCCGCCGGCAGGGCCACCGUGCACGCCUUCCCUAAGUGUGACCUCCUAUUGGAUAAUGAGGUCCAGGGUAGUGGCUUCUACCUGCCUGAGCUCGACGAGCCUGAACACUGCAACGCCCAGAACACAGCGCUGUGGGAGCUGCACACACUGCAGAGACAUUACCAUCCGGUGGUACGGCAGUUGGCGCUCCACCUGAGUCACGGUGCUCCCAGCGAAGGAUCGGCGGCACUUGGCCCGGCACUGAGCCGCAAGUCUCCGGCGGAGCUGUUUAAUGCCUACAGCGUCAGAGACAUGACCUUUAACCCUCCUGUAGCUCCGCCCGGCAGCAAGAAGAAGGACCGGUUUGUGUUCGGAGCGAUGCUGCUGGACACCGAGCUGCAGGGACAAGUCGACGACGCCAUGACAACCGCUGCCGUCGCCACGGAGACGCAGCUGGACUUUACUGCAGCACACUGACACACACACACAGCUGGAUUAAUAAAGACAUUUGCCUUCAAAAUAAAAGCCCAAAUGUCCGGUGUAAAGGAAGAGGAAUUGGUGAGCUUUGUUUCUAAAUGAUUUCUCAGUGACUCGUUCAUCUAAAUAAAUGUUUUUAUUGCA